AUGACACCAAAAUCAAAUGUGGCGCUUACACCUGAAGAGGAUUCAAAACUGAUUGAACUUGUGAGUAAUCAUCCUUGUUUGUUUGAUUUGGAAAAUAAAUUUUAUAGAAACAUACUGGUAAAAGAAAAUGUUUGGCAGCAAAUAUCAGACGUUUUAAAAAAAACUGUCGAUGAAUGCAAAAAAAGGUGGAAAAACAUUAAAGACACUUACAACAAACAUAAGCGAAACAGAAAAUUGGGUACAGGAUCAUCAGCAAGUAAUAAACCAACAAAAUGGGUAUUAGCUGAUAGUUUGUCAUUUCUUGAUGUCGUUUCUUAUGAACGAACCGGUUUGUCUAAUAUUGAAUCCAACAAAGAUGGAAAUGAAUGUACAUCUAAUAAUAGUGAAGAAGAAGAUAACACUAUAAUUGAUGUUGACGAUGACGUACAAAGCCAAAAGGAUUUGAGUAAUAUAGAUACAACAGUAAAAAAUAUUUUUGAAUCAAACAAAAGGACAUUGGACACAGACAAAAUGCCAGUAAAAAAUAAAAAAACAAAACAAAACGAUGAUUUAAUCGAAUUUCUGAAGAAAAGCAGCGACGAAAGAAAAGAAAUUUUAAAUAAAAUUAAUAAUGACCAAGAAGAAGACCCAAUUGAUGCGUUUUUCAAGUCUAUGGCAUUGACCGUGAAACAGUUUUCUUCAAAUUUCAAAAUUAAAUCCAAAAAAGAAGUUUUCAAUAUCAUCACACAAUUAGAAAUAGAAAAUAAUAACAGUGAUUCAUUAACAAGGCAGAAUCUACACCGACCUGCAGUAGACUACACAUUUUCAUCUCCGAGUUCAAGUGUUCAAUCAUCACAGUCGGGCUUUUCAGUGUAUAAUCAUUCACCCACAUUCAUAUUACCAGAAGUUCAAGAUCCUAAUGUUUUAACCGAUGUUGUGCAAAAUUGGAAUCAGUUGGGAGGCCAAAUCCAACAUCAACCACACUUUGAAUAA